CCCAACUCACUAUAAAGGGACUCCGUCAAACUCAAAGCUUUUGAUAUAUAUCCCAAUCUCUACUUAGCUUGCUCCAUACAAAACGAAUCACUCUCGAUCUCUAUAAUAUAUGGCAGGCAGUUUACAGGUUGUGAGGCUAUCCAUCUUGGGAAAGCGUUUGGUCAGCCAAUUCACUUCAACUACAACUCCCACCUCUGCUCCCCUCUUAACCUGGAAGAGGAAGGUGCAGUCAUCUGUGUAUGAGAAAAUCCCAGACGAAUAUGUUAUACCUGACGUACGUGUAGUCCAACCUGGCGGUGAGUAUUGGACUCCCCACCCGGAAACUGGUGUAUUCGGGCCUGCUUCUAAUCACCUUUCUUCUCACUCCAUGCCCGUAGGGGCAGUCGUCAAAGAAUCUGUCUUGGACCUCAAAGUCUUCUUCCGCUCCCUCGAGGAUCUGGAUAAAUAAUCGCCUAAUCACUUUUGAAUUUCAGUUCAAACCAAUCUACAAAAGUUAUAUACUUUGUCCCAAUUAUAUAUUACAUAAAUAAACUCAUGCAUAAAUUGAGGACAGAUAAAUAAAAUAUAUAUAUAGGAAGUGUACUGUGUCCCAUAUAACUCUUUGGAAUGGGCAUGUGAUAUAUAGACAUAUAGUGAUUCUACCCAUAUAUGUAA